AUGUCUUCAGAAAAACUCAUAACUUUCAAGACUAGUGAUGGUGAGGAAUUCAAACUCAAUGAGGCUGUAGCUGUGAGGUCAGAAGUCAUCAAGAACAUGGUACAAGAUGUGGAUAGUACUUCUAAUGUCAUCCCCUUGUCUAAUGUUGAUGGCAAAACAAUGACCAAAAUUGUUCAAUAUUGGAAGAAAUAUUCGGAAGAAGGUGUUACGGAAGAUCGGUUAAAGAGUUUUGAUCAGGAUUUCUUGAAGAUGAGCCAAUCAGAACUAGUUGGUGUUCUCUUGGCUACUAAUUUUUUUGAUGAUAAGCAGUUAAAGGAGGUAAUAAUCCAAGAAUUUGUUGAUAGGAUCAAAGGGAAACCAAUAGAGGAAAUACGUGAAGUAUUUGGUAUCGUGAAUGAUUAUACUCCAGAGGAAGAGGAGGAGGUCCGUAGAGAGAAUGCUUGGGCUUUUGAAUGA